ACAGAAUGCUGUCUGCGCUCCAGCUUUUCGAUGGAGGCCGAGGCCCGAUGGGAUCUGUGCUUUCCGCAGCUGGCCAACCUCUCCUGCAGGAAGCCCUCGUCCGGGUUAUCUGACGACGUCCUUGUGAAUGUUGGGCUGCCCGUCGUCUGCGUCCUCACUGUGCUUCUCAACUUCCUGGUCAUCAUCUCCAUCUCCCACUUCAGGCACAUUUUCUUUUUCCAGGCUAGCGGUGCCAUUUCACACAACUUUUCUUUGGGUGUCUGCCAUUUGGGCCUCUGACAUUGAUUGCUACAGAUUGCAGCUCCGUACUCCCACCAACAUCCUCCUCCUCUCCCUCGCCGUCUCCGACUUCCUGGUGGGACUCCUGCUGUGGCCCGGCGAGAUCUACAUGAGCACAUCCUGCUGGGCUUUCGGUGAUGUUUCCUGCUUUUUGCAUCAUUUCGUUUCCUUCGCCAUCACGUCAGCCUCGGUCGGAAACAUGGUCCUGAUAUCGGCCGACCGUUACGUGGCCAUUUGUGAUCCUCUGCAUUACAACCUCAAGGUCACCGUGAAAAGAACUCAAAUUUGUGUUUGCCUCUGUUGGUUCUUGUGCUUUGUGUACAGUAGCGUCAUUUUGAGGGAUCAGCUGGCUCACCCCGAAAAGUGCAGCUCCUGUUACGGAGAGUGCGUGAUCAAUAUUGACAUUGACGGGGGGAUUCUUGAUCUGGUUGUGAUUUUCAUCCUUCCCCUAUGCAUCAUUGUCACGCUGUACCUGAGAGUGUUUGUGGUCGCUGUGUCUCAGGCGCGGGCCAUGCGUUCUCACGUUACAUGUGGCAAAUUACAACAUUCCGCCCCGUUCAGAGCCAAAAAAUCUGAGCUGAAGGCGGCCAGGACUCUCGGCGUUCUGGUUCUCUGCUUCCUCAUUUGCUUCUGUCCGUUUUACAUUGCAUCUCUCGCAGGCGGUUCGACCUUUUCGUCGUCCUCGCAAUAUGUUCUUUACCUGUUUGAUUUCAAUUCCUGCGUGAACCCUUUGAUCUACGCCUUGUUCUACCCGUGGUUUCGAAGAGCCGUGACACACAUCGUCACGCUGCGGAUUCUGCAGCCCGGCUCGCGUGAGGCCCACGUACUGUGAUACCCUUGCAUGUUGCCGACUCACUCUCAAAUGUGCUUUUCUUAUACUGCGUGAACGUGUGUGCGGAAUAAUAAUUGAAUGAUUCAUCCGAGCAGGACAGCGGGCUGUUACUUGUGGUGAUGAAAUUUAAGAGCACUGUGGACAAUAAAAUAUUGUG